AUAACAUUUGCACACUACACGUAAUCUUUUCAGGUCAGAAGCCUAUAAAUUCACUUCUGUAAUUUGUUGAUUAGCCCCAACUUGUUCUUGGGAUUCAUUGAUUUUAUCUGCAUUCAGAGAGGAUUGACAGAUAAUUCAUUUCUUUUAGCAUUUACAGUAAGGUAAGCAUUUCUAUCAAAUGAAUUGAAUGGGAUAUGAGGUUGUAAGAUUCUCAUCGGCCAUGAACCAUUAGUGAAGCUGAGAAAUCACUGAAUUAAGCAGUGAAAAAUGAAGGCUGGAGGUGCGGUUGAAGGUGGUGAAGUAACAAAAGUACCAGGAGGGAACAGGGCGAUUGCCAUAAUAGACCUUAUUCUCAGAAUUAUGGCCAUUUUUGGAACAUUGGCAAGUGCUGUGGCAAUGGCAACAACGGAUGAAACUCUUCCUUUCAUCACUCAGUUCAUACAAUUCAAGGCUCAGUACGAUGACAUUCCGACCUUCAGGGUUUUCGUGAUUGUAAAUGCAACAGUAUGUGGAUAUCUAGUCUUGUCUCUAGCCAUUUCCACCUUUCAUAUUUUCAGGAGCAGAGCAGCAAAGACUAGAGCAGUGCUAAUCUUUUUGGACUCGAUAAUGCUGGCUGCAGUCACUGCUGUAGCCUCAGCAGCAGCAGCAAUUGUGUAUUUGGCACAUAAUGGGAAUGCAUCAGCUAACUGGUCUGCUAUUUGCCAACAAUUCCAAAACUUCUGUGAGCGAAUUUCUGGUUCUCUUAUUGGCUCAUUUGGUGCAGCACUUAUUUUUAUUCUGCUUAUCAUUCUGUCAGCCAUAGCAUUAUGUAGACUCUGAUGACACUCAAAUGGAUAUACUGUUGUUGCCUCUACCUCUAUCUGAUGUGUAAUUUUAUAUCGAGUACUUGGACGCGUAAUGUUAUCUUUUGUAAUGUAGUUCUCGCUAUCAAACACGAUGUUUAUAUGUGACAUCUAAAGUUGUCGACAUAAAGAAUCUUAAUCGAGUGAGAGCCCACAUAGAAUGGGACUCUAAGAACUAAGACUCUCAGACUCCAUUAAUACAUAUUCUACAAGUAGGCAACUUUGACCAUUUUUAGCCAUCUACUUCGCAAUACAGACUUAAGUACGAGAGAGUGAAUUGCAUUUUUUGUCACCCUUCUACUACAACAGUUUUCUUGAGAGAAAUUGUAUCAACUAUUAUUACUAGACAAGUAUAUAAUAGGACUCGGAAACUUUUAACAACAAAGUCAUUAUGUCUUCAAGUUCUAUCAAUUUGCCUGUAAUUGUCUUUAAUUCUAACAAUCAAUAUUCAUGUGAAAAUGCUAGAAAUUUUCUUCAAAGCAACCCACUUUCUCCACUAUAAUACGUACUUCAUAUGCUGCUCUG